AUGAGAACAACUCCUCUUUCGAUUCCUUUUUCUUUCUUUCGAUCCACUGCUGUUAUCACUUUAAAUUUUGCUUUAACUUCUUCUAUUAAUUUAUAUACACAUUUAAUGCCUUUUUUCUUGUGUCUUCUUUCUUUAAUCUCUUUGCUCUUUUCCUUCUUUAUUCUUUCAGUCUUUAAUGCUUUCUUUCCUUCUUGGUUAACAUAUUGUUGUGUUUCGUAUGUUAUUCUUUCAUGUAUUUUACCCCCAUUAUUAUAUAUUCAACGCUCUUCUUUUCAGUCAUUAUUUCAUUCAUUAUUUCUUCAGCCUUUUUGA